AUUUUGCUGUGGAGCGACUGGGAGGAGGAGCCGCCGCGGAGACCCAAGGAGAAGAUCUUGAACCGGCAGAGGCGGCGACCGCGCUGGCACCGGGCUUUUCUCGGCCGCGGGGAUCUCCGGAGGCUAAGGGAGCGCGGCGUGAGGACCGAAGGAGCCGCGCCCGCUGCGCGGAGCGCCCCUUCCCGCCCCCUGCACCAUGAGCUGGGGCACCGAGCUCUGGGAUCAGUUUGACAACCUAGAAAAACACACACAGUGGGGAAUUGAUAUUCUUGAGAAAUACAUCAAAUUUGUAAAGGAAAGGACAGAGAUUGAACUCAGCUAUGCAAAACAACUCAGGAAUCUCUCUAAGAAAUACCAACCUAAAAAGAACUCGAAGGAGGAGGAAGAGUAUAAGUACACGUCGUGUAAAGCUUUCCUUUCCACCUUGAAUGAAAUGAAUGACUAUGCUGGGCAGCAUGAAGUUAUAGCUGAGAACAUGACCUCACAGAUCACUGUGGAAUUGGCACGCUAUGUCCAAGAAUUGAAGCAGGAGAGGAAAUCGCAUUUUCAUGAUGGGCGUAAGGCGCAGCAGCACAUAGAGACUUGCUGGAAGCAACUUGAAUCAAGUAAAAGACGAUUUGAGCGGGAUUGCAAAGAAGCUGACCGAGCACAGCAGUACUUUGAGAAAAUGGAUGCUGACAUAAAUGUUACAAAAGCUGAUGUUGAAAAGGCAAGACAGCAAGCUCAAAUCCGUCACCAAAUGGCAGAAGAUAGCAAAGCAGAUUAUUCAUCAGUUCUCCAGAAGUUCAACCAUGAGCAGCAUGAAUAUUACCAUACACACAUACCCAACAUCUUUCAGAAAAUACAAGAGAUGGAGGAAAGAAGGAUAGUGAGAAUUGGAGAGUCAAUGAAGACAUAUGCAGCGUCUGAUCGGCAGGUGAUACCAAUUAUUGGCAAAUGCUUGGAUGGAAUAGUAAAGGCAGCUGAAUCAAUUGAUCAGAAAAAUGAUUCACAGCUCGUGAUAGAAGCUUAUAAGUCAGGAUUUGAGCCUCCUGGAGACAUUGAAUUUGAAGAUUAUACUCAGCCAAUGAAACGCACAGUGUCCGAAACCAGCCUUUCCAAUUCCAGAGGAGAAGGCAAACCAGAACUCAAAUUUGGUGGCAAAUCCAAAGGAAAGUUAUGGCCGUUCAUCAAGAAAAAUAAGUCUCCCAAGCAGCAAAAGGAACCCCUCUCCCAUCGCUUCAACGAGUUCAUGACCUCCAAACCCAAAAUCCACUGCUUCAGGAGCCUAAAGCGCGGGCUUUCUCUCAAGUUGGGUGCAACACCAGAAGAUUUCAGCAACCUGCCACCUGAACAGAGAAGGAAAAAGCUACAACAGAAAGUUGAUGAAUUAAAUAAAGAAAUCCAAAAGGAGAUGGAUCAAAGAGAUGCCAUAACAAAAAUGAAAGAUGUCUACCUAAAGAAUCCUCAAAUGGGAGACCCAGCCAGUUUGGAUCACAAGUUGACAGAAGUUGGCCAAAAUAUAGAAAAACUGCGAUUAGAGGCUCAGAAAUUUGAGGCCUGGCUGGCUGAGGUUGAAGGCAGGCUCCCAGUCCGAAGUGAACAGGCCCGCCGACAGAGUGGAAUGUAUGAUGCCCAAAACCCACCAUCAGUUAACAACUGCGCACAAGACCGGGAGAGCCCAGAUGGCAGUUAUACAGAGGAUCAAAGUCAGGAGAGUGAGGUGAAGGUGCUGGCCACAGACUUCGACGACGAAUUUGAUGACGAGGAGCCCCUUCCUGCCAUAGGGACUUGUAAAGCUCUCUACACGUUUGAAGGUCAGAAUGAAGGAACCAUUUCGGUAGUUGAAGGCGAAACAUUAUACGUUAUAGAGGAAGACAAAGGUGAUGGGUGGACCCGCAUUCGGAGAAAUGAAGAUGAAGAGGGUUAUGUUCCCACCUCAUACGUCGAAGUCUAUUUGGACAAAAAUGCCAAAGGUGCUAAGACUUAUAUUUAAUUCCA